CGACCGCCCAACCCACCCGUAGCCCCCCCCGAAAACAGCUGCCUGCCCGGCGCCGACACCGACACCGACACGGGGGGCGCACGGCGAGCGAGCGAACGAGCGACUCGCUAACCCUUCCCCUCCCCACCGCGGCGCGGGCCGGCACGCGCCACCGCACCGAGUCACCAACCCCCACCGGCCACCUCUCGCGCCACCCCGGAACGAAACGAGGCCGUGGCUUGGCCAUCCUCCUCGACGGCGGGGCGGCCGCCGGAGAUGGCGGCGGCGCUGCCGCGGCUGUGCGCGCUGGCGCUCCCCUUCCUCGCCGUCGCCGCCUGCCUCGACGUCCCGUCCCACGGGUGCUACUGGACUGGGUGCCAAAGCAAAUGGUCUAGAGUGUGUUCUGCUGGCCACUUCUUAGAUUCUCAAUCAGAUGAUUGUGAUGGUCUUUGCACGGAGUCAAAAAGCCCGCCAUGUCUUCCAUUCCACAAACAUUUCCAUUGCUGCAUAACAGGCACCCCAAAGCUAACAAACAAAUGUGGGCAUUGCAAGAACAAGCUGGAUUUUGGCAAAGAAUUUGUAUGCUGCUCUGAUUGCUCUGACCCAACCAUUCUGAUCAAGCAUAGAAAAAUGGGUUACUGUAAGAGUGGUGCUGAGCUAUCAAUGCAGUUAAAACCACACGAAAUCUAUCAUUGGGUUGCUGGACCAUGGAUGAAGUGCUCCUCGCCAUGCGAUGGUGGUGUGCGGUAUCGUGAUGUUGCUUGUUAUGGAAAUUUAUCUGAUGCCACAAUCAAACAUUAUCCUGUAGAUGAUGCUAGCUGUUCAGCAGAUGAAAUGCCUGCAAGACAGGAAGCUUGCAAUGAGCAGAGCUGUGGUGUCGACAUGGCAGAGCAAACAAAUUCUAGGAAGAAUGGAAUGUCUGGUUGGUUGGUAGCACUUAUUCUUCUUCUAGGGCUUGGUGCUAUUGGGGGCAUUGUAUUUACAAGCUACACUUACUACUUGAGGAGAACCUCUGGACGAAAUGGUUUUGUGUAUGUCAUGAUGGAAGCGUAUUCUUGAGAGGACCAUUUACUUGCAAUAAAUGAAUGCUAAAGUUAACAUUCCAAAUCCGAGGAGCAAGUUUGUUCAUUAUUUUUAGGCCUGUAUUAGUUGCUGACUUGCUGGAAAUGGUUGUUUUUUUAUCUCAUCUGGUCAAUUCAUGCGUGUCUUAGUUCGUCGUU